AUGAAUAAUAAUGAAAAUAAGAAAUAAAUAGAAAGAUUAGGAACAGCUAGUACAAUGAAUUAAACUAUUUAAUAAUCUCAAUUCUAACAAUAAUAUUAAAAACGAGCCGAUUCUACAUAAGUAAAUCUGUUUCCAAAAAAUAUAAAAAUUGAUAAUUAGAAUACUCGAUACUCUCGUCAAGAACAUGUCAAUUAAUCUGAAGUUCAAAGAUAAGAUUCAUUAUAAACAUAGCAUAAAUAAUAACAAUAUAUAAUCUAACAAAAGAAUUCGCAAUCAAAACAAAAUAAUAAAUAAAUAAACCAAUAAGAUGAAUCAUUAAAUUUAAUUGAAGAUAGGUUAGAAGAAUUUAAUAGUGUCUAUGAUAAUGAAAAUUUAGAUUCCCCUAUUCCUAUUUAAAAAAAGGCCAAAGGAGAAAAUCUAUAUGUCAAUUGGUACAAUAUAUUUGAAUUUUAGUUAGAUGUAGGCUCUAAGUGAAAUCUUAGUUAAAUAUCGUAUUUAAGAAAUAAAUAAGCCAUAUUUAAAAAAAAAAACAUCAACAAAAUGUUGCUGUUUCACAAUUACAACUAAAUAAUCACUCUAUUAAAAUUAAAAAUAAAUCAUCAUAACAGAAGGUAAAAAGUAUUAUGAUGAGAAUGACAUCAAUCAUUGCAACCUACUUUACUCUAUCCUCUAUUAAAUGUUUGAAUUAGAGAGAUUGACAAAAAAAAAAUCAAAAGAGAUAGAAGCUAAAUAAACAACGGUCUUUUAGUUGAUUUAUACAUUAUCUUGUAUAACAUUAUUUAAGGAGGAUUUAUUAUAAUUGGCCCAAAAUGAUAAAGAUAAAGUUAUAGGAAACAUGUUAGUAAUAUCAAAAUAUAUUUUUGAAAUCUUAAUAAAUGGUGUUUUGGAUCCAAUAUUCAAAUAAUCUGAUAGUAAUGGUGAAACAUUACAUAACACUUUGACAUCUAUUCACAUGGGAAUGUUUCUCAUGGUUUGCAUGGAUAAGUUAAAUUAAGAAUAAUAAAUAGUAUAAAAUUUGCAAAAUAAAAAUAUAAAAUCCCUCAUAGAUCUUUGGAAAUAAAAAAAAUUUUUAAAUAACUGA